AUCACACGAUCAUCAAAUAAUAGAGAAUGCGAAUCGCAUUGGACGCAUCGUCCAGCUCAGCAUCUGGCUCAGAUGUUGAGCCAAUUUCAGAUGGUGAAAGAUUGGACGAGGGUGAACAAUCUUUAAGCUGGUCAGCUAGAGGACUUCCAGUUUCAAUCUCUCAGCAAAACUUACAAAGUAUGCCAAUCUCGAACCUGCAACGUUUACGAUCUCGAACGCCAUCAACAUCAUCUUUGCUUCUAGAAGAGACAACCCCAACGCGAUCCCACAAUGGAACAUUCUCGCCAGGAAGAAGACGGACAUCAAAUCUAGAUAAAGUCAAUGCAGCUAGACAAUUGGCAAAAAACGUACACGGAACGCGGUCGUCUCCUUCAGCAUAUCGUUCGCCAAAAUGGAUGCGGGAAUCUACUCCAAAAGCUACUAUUGAUGAUGAUGGUGAAGAGGAAAAUGGUACAAUGAUCCGGCUGUCAGAGUCAGACAUGGAAUCAGACGCUGAUAGCGAAGAAGAAGCAUGGCCUGUCGCUCCGCAUAGAUUCGCAAAAGUUCAAACAUCCAAAAUAGGUGCCAGAAAUCGAAGAGAAGCAUCGGUUGAAGCACAAGAGCUAAGUCAGAGAAUCCGAUUAGAAAGUGAGGCAGACUAUUCAGAUAUGCCUCUAGGUAAGAUUACCUCUCAAAGGCGUCGAUCGAAUUCUAGGCAAGUUUCUGUGCCUCUGUCGCCGAAUGCGAUUCGAAAGACGUUGACAAUUGUCGAGGAUGACUUUGAUCAAGUACAAGGAUUACUAUCACGCAUGCGUAUAGAGAAAGAAAGGGAGGAAAAACAAGAGAAGCAAGUUUUCGAUGAGAGAAAUAAAGCUUUGUGGGACUCGAUAGAAACGAGCAUACGGCAUGCAGAAGAUGUGCAAGCAAAGGCAUUAAAGGAAGAAGCAGAAAGGCAAAAGAAGAUCAAAGAGCAAAAAGAGGCUGAUGAGAAAAGAGCGAAAGAGCAGAAAGAAGCUGAAGAAGCACGGAUAAAACGCGAAAAGGAAGAGGCUGAAAAGCAAAAGCAAGAAGACGAGAGCAAACGUAAAGCCGCAGAGGAGGAAGCUGCUCGCAAGGCUGCAGAAGAAGCCAAAGAGAAAAGUAUGGGAGGAGUAGGUAAUGCACUAGAGGCAAAUGCAAGGGUAGAAUAUGAAGCUUGGUGGCAGAAGAUUCAACAGAUCAAACAAAACGUUUUGCCAGCAGUAUCACAAAAUACAGAAUGGCGCAAACAAUGUUUCUCUGCAAAACGUAUCAUUACCCGUAGUGUUAGUCAAUUGACAAAUUCAAGAGUAGAAAUUGUCAGAAUCACGCAAGCAAUCGGUGAGGUGAUGACACAGGCAAGAGGUGCAUCUCCAGGUGGCGAAAUAUACACCUGGAUCUUGAAUCACUUAUCAAAAUGUCUUAUUCGACAAGCAGAGCAAGAAGUGGCAGCAAAGCAAGAUACAGCCUUUCCAUUGGCACGUGUUGUGCAAUGGCUCUUAUUGGAAGGUCAUAGUGAACUAGGCGAUGUACUAAUGGCCAGAUUGGCAAAGAAGUGCUGUUGGUGUAUAGCAUAUUGUCCACCAAAAAAGACUGACCAAGAUGACAAGACGUAUGCAAAAAUCUUAGGAAAGGCAGAAGUUGAUGAAUCAUCUUUGCAACACACUUCUCGUAUGUCAGGUAUUAUUGCCAUGUAUUUUGCAAUUUGCCAAACAACGCCUUCAAAGCCUCCUUCGAAUCAAGAAGUGGAUCUUUCCCGCAUUCCUGCGCAUUUCCGUUUACGUGCGUUAUGGGCUUGGCAAGCACGUAUGAUUUCGCCAAGGAUGAUGGAACACACAAUCACACCUGCAUUAUUUUCCGUCAUGAUUGAAAUUGCCGGUCCGAAAGUCUUGACAGGAUACGGCAAACAGACUUCAAAAGUUUGGAAAUUGAUUCGCAUCGAAGGAUUACAAAAUGGCAAAGCUGGAUUUACAAAACAACAAUCGGCCAAUUCCGCUCGUGUACGAUUAGAGCUUUUGCUGGACGAAUGGAUAAAGACGGGUAGAGUUGAAGGCGCAACUGGUGGCCGUGAAAUGGCGCCGUAAUUAUGAUAAUAAUCUAAUUGUAUUUCUAUUUCAAUCGAUAUUUCUAUCCCAGAAGGGGCG